GCUCCCAAUAUUCAUCAUUAACAAUUUAUUAAAAACAAGACUGUGAUGUUUGCAUGUUUGCCUGAGAUCGAAGGCCUGGCUAAACCUAGUGAUAAGUGAUUACGUUUUUGUAGUCCUACUUUGUUAUCUCGUUCUUCAGACUUAGAUCUAUCACACUCUGACGUCUUGAACUUCUUGACUUGCACACUUGGGUAUCACGCUCGUCUCGUCACUUAUCUUUAAUCUGCUUGAACCUACUUUAUUUUCUUUUUAUCCACAGUAGCAGUCAUCAAGUAUGGGGAAUAGAAGUGGGGCAAUCCUUGCUCGAACAUCAUCACUAAUGUCUGCUGAAAACUAUGGGCACAUUCAGUUCAGUCAAGAUGAUGAUGAAGAAGCCCUGCCUCAUAGAAGCCAGACUGGCAGAUUUUUGCGUACAAACAACGGAAAAGAUAAAGAUGAUGCUGAUGUUGGUACAGGGAAAUGUGAAAGAAAGUCAGACUGGAACUUAAGGUUUAGUGGAGACAUGCUGCAGUGGGAAAAGGUUGCAGCUUCUUUUGGACUUGAUGAAUACAAAAUCCUCCUGGACUGUAGUCAAGGAUCGGAUCUGUGUGACAGGGACUAUGUGUGUAACAGUUAUCUGUCUGUCAGGUACCAUCGUUGGAAAGGAGCCUUCUAUGUGUCAAGGUUCAAGCACAAGCCUUUCAUCGUUCCGGUGUCAAGCCACUCUGACAUGCCACGCCUCAUGUCGUCGGUGACAGCUCGUAAACUUCCAGUCGUGGCUUUGCAGCGCCACCUGGUCGUUCUAGAAAUGAUGGUGGGCGAUCGUAUCCAUGCCUUUCCUAUCAUGGAUUGUAAGACAAGAUGCAUUAAGGCAGUGUACCAGCCCCGGUUUGUUCUCACCCUUAUUGAGGGAGCAAUCUCUCCCGACCUGAAGUACUCCGGUCUCUUGCUCUACUGCCAGUCGGAAGACUCACCGUUUUUCUCCUACAGCCUCUUUCUGGUUGACAAUGAGUCGGGGGAGGUUCUGUCUCGUACGUGUCUGAGCCGCGGUGACGUAGAGCCUCGGUUUGCCUUCCACCCAGCGUACAAAUCACCGCAUGUUGCUGUUGUUCAGUACAGUAAUGACAACUCUAGUAGCAAAUUGGUGAUUCUCCGCUUGAAAGAUGAGGAAGUAAAAGUUGCCAGCAGCCCCCAUCUCUCCUCCCUCCUUGGGAGUCACCAACUGUACCCACGGUUCUCUCCAGACGGCAACUUCCUGUUACUUCACAAACUCAUGGACGACAGAUUCGGUAUAACAUCAUAUUGCGACACGUACAUCUUUCGAGUGACUGGAAACAACUUUCAGCUGGUGAAGUACAUCAGCAGCAAGAUCCCAGGAGGUUUCCGUGCCUGCAGGGUGUUUCAUCACCCAGAGUUCUCUCGCUGCGGCCAGUAUUUACGGGUCAUCAGCAAGCCCAAGGAGGUAGCUGUGUCAGUUUUUGCCUUGCCAAGUUGUGUGGGGCUGUCUGCUCGGUGCCGGCAGGUGAUUAUGGAGAGGAUUUCCUCCUAUGAUCAAGUCUCACAGCUGCCGAUUCCCAACAAACUCAAAGAUUUCUUGUUGUUUAAGCCUCUCAGUGAUUACUGAAAAUCAUUUAUUCACUCUUCUACGCUAAUGAAAAUGUCUUUAAUACAUUUCUGCUUGAGUUAAAGUACUUGAGCACAGAUCUUGUUUUGUAAUGAGUGUACAGUAUUUCUGAUAACCAGUGGAUAGCGCAGAAUGGGAGAUUUUGUUGAAAAUGAGAGGAAAACUUGAGAUUGAAACAUCAGUAUUGACUUUCUCAAAUGGGUCACUGGAGUGUCAGAGUAGUUAAUGAGUUAAUGUCUUUAAUGACAAGUUUCUGAAAGCUGUUGGCAAUGUUUCUGUUACAAUUGCUGCUGAUUGUAUAAGAGAAAAGUCUGCCUCAAUGUUACAAAUCAUUCAAUUCUGUUUCCUCUGUGCACACCACACCCCACCCCACCCCACCCCACCCCACCCAAUGUUUCCUGAAAUGACUCUAUUGCCGUGUUGAUAUACACCAGUAUGAUUUUGAGAUGGAGAUGGAUUGUCACAUUCACCAAACUUAUUGCCUUUGUAAAGUUUUGAUAGAUAAUUCUUUUACACCUGGAAUAUUUAAUUUGAUUAUGAACCUUAUGUUUUGUACCAACUGAGUUGAAGUCGUUUAAAAUUUUAAAGAAUAUUGCACUUUUGUGGUCUCAAAUGUGGUCAGCACAAUUUUGUUUAUAUUGUUUUGAGCUUUACUGCUUUUAUUUAUAUUAACACUUAACUUACUUUACAGUUAAUGGCAUAACAACCUUUGUGAUAGCCUAAGUUUUCGGGCUGUGAUUGUCUAUUUUCCUGCUCUGUUUACCUCCGGUCUGUUGUAUUUUGUAGAAUAAUCUAAAUACUUGUAAAUAAACUGUCUGUGAAGCAUAUGCAUAUAUUCAACUUGUUGGGUGAGAGCGAUUAUGGGCCAGUUGAGACGUUUUUUUGCCAGCUGGUGUGUUGUUAUCGUUGGGAAAGGGCUUUAAGGACGACUUUUGCCUUUGGGUACCAUUUCCUGCUUCUGUUUUAAAAACCCAUUUUCUGUGUCAUAUAAAUCCCACAUGGGCCCCGCUGACAGUUCCUUUUUCAACUACUUAUUAUCUGCUCUAAAUGAUGAUCACUGUGUGAAUGUUCUUUCUUUUUACUCAAACUCAUCACUGCCUGGUCCAAAUACACAAAGUGUCUGCUGGGACAUUUCAGUAACCCACUUUCUGCACUUUUUAAGGACCC